AUGUCUUCCCAGCAUCAGCAACCGCGACAACCCAAACCCAACAACCCCCGCGCAAAGAAAGCAAAACGACCGCAACUCACCCACUUCCUCUGUCUCCCUCUCGUCAACUCCACGUCUCUCCCUCAACUCGAAUCUUCCCUCGCAGCAUUCAAAGCCGACAUCCCUCCUGCGACAACAUCCCACCAAGGCGAAGCCCAGUCUCAAGAUCCGACCCAACCACUCAUUCCCGAUGCCGCAAUCCGCCCCGUCGGCACCCUCCACCUGACCCUCGGUGUAAUGAGCCUCCCCAGCAAAGAGCGUCUCGACGCCGCAAUUCAACAUUUACAGUCCCUCGACCUAGUCGCACUGGUUAAAGAAGCAGAGACGAUUGCGCACGCCCGCGCACAAAGAAAGGGACCUCGCAGAUCCGAAGAUGAAACGAAUGAGCCGGCGCAUGAUGAGACGGUACAAAACGUAAAUGACGAGAACCACACUACUCCCAGCCCGUUCACUGUCUCUUUGGAAUCAUUGCAUGCACAGACGCGCGCACGCUCGGCGACCGUAUUAUAUGCCGCCCCGGUGGACCCGACGGCGCGACUGUAUCCGUUCUGCGAGCUGUUGAGGGAUCGAUUCCUAGAUGCGGGGUUUUUACAGGACAAGGUCAAGAAUGAGGAUACGUCACAGAAGCAGCAGCAGAACCUCUCCGCGGAGACAAGAUCUCCAGGGAGUGAUGACGGCGCAACGUCACAGCGUCUAGCUGAGACGCAGUCUUCUCUUCUCGAAGCGAUGCCCGUCGAGAUAGCAGAAGAUGUGGCGAGGAAAGCAGACCCCGCCUUCACGAACACGCCGUCGAAACAAGAGUCUCUGGUCCCGAAGCUGAAACCUCGACCGCUCCUCCUCCACGCCACGGUCGUCAAUACCAUCUACCUCAGGGGCCGAUCCCCAGGAUUGGGCGGGGCCAAGGGCCGCAAGAAGGGACCGUAUUCGUUUGACGCGAGGGACCUGCUUGCGCGAUACAAAGAUUACUAUCUUGACGGCGAUAGAACGAUACCGAGACCUUCAACUAUUGGUACUACGAUCACAGCAAACGGUGGUCGGAAAGACGGAGAAAAUAGUGGUCAAGAUCAAGCUGUUCGGCGCGACAAUGAUGACCUCGAUGAUGCAGUCGAGAAGGGCACUCCGAAUCCGUUCGUCUGGGCUCGUGAUCUCCCUAUCGACUCUGUUUGCAUCUGUGAGAUGGGGGCUAAGAAAUUGGAUCCUGAAGGAGACGAGGAUGGGUUGAAUGCGAGGUUGGGAGAGAAGUAUAUGGUUGUUGCGCAGAGGGGUUUGGGUUUCUGA